AUGGCUAUGGUCACAGCCGGAGCAGCAUACGGCCUCAGAACUCCCUCAGCUACCCUAACAAACAAUAACGACAAGGAUGCUCUGUUGUUUGGUUGGACGAAUCAGUUCUUGGCUCUCAUUGCUAUUGGCCUUGGAAAGGUUGCCCUUGUCGCUUUUAUAGACCAUCUCCAGAAGCACGAAGUAAACAAUUUCAUCGUCAAUAUGAUUGCUGCUAUAUUAGUCUUUGUUCAGUGCUCCCCUGCAAAGAAGCUAUGGGAUGAACGGAUACCCGGACACUGUCCUGGGCGGAAAAGAGUCCAGAUCUUCGGAUAUAUUCAGGGACCCUACUCGGCAUUCUGUGACUUUGCUUUAGCGGUUUACCCCGUGCUUAUAUUCCGGAAAGUCCAGGCGUUUUCAAACGCAACCAAAAUUGGCCUUUCUGUCCUCAUGGGGCUUGGGACAUUGGCUGAAUUGAUCCUGUGGAACCAGACCGAAAUGUGGGUUGUUUUCAUUGUCAGUUGCAUUCCACCGACCACAGCCUUUUUCAGGUUUACAUAUCGACAAAUUGCUAGCAGGGUUAGCUCGAUUUUCCACCGGGUACGAUCCGGCGAUGAGAUAUAA